AUGGUUGCCCUUCUAUUCGUCGCUUGCCUUCUCUCCGCGCUAGCAGUUGAAGGUAAGUCGCAUGCUUUAUUUGCUGGAGCGAUCAUGGGCUAGGAUUAAUCAGAGGCGCGAGAUAAAAAAUGCCAACUGUCCUUUAGCAAAUUCACCAUCCUUUUAACACUCCGUAUGUACUGGCAGACGUAGGCAUUCCACCUUCAGAUAUUUCGAGUAUUUUUUCCUACCUGGCUGCUCCUCGCUUCGAGUCUUUCUCUAAAUAAAGAAUUACAUGCGAAUUGGCUCAGUGGUCCUUUUGGUGGUACAGGUCAACCAAUGUCAUCCGACCGAAAACCGACAGGGUGAGAGACUGCUGGCUCAGUGGUUAGAGGCGUGGACUUCUAACUAACGGGUUACGAGUUCAAGCCUCGGGUGUUCCACACUUCGGGGUUGGGUAUGACUGGCUGAGGUCGGCUAAUAAGCCAGAAAUGGCCAUUCCAGUCUACCUUGUCUUUGCCGGUAAUGCCAUUCUGUCUAUAUCAUACGCCGCUGUGCGGCUGCUGGUUGGGCUCGAGUGAGAGCACGUAAGGCACAACGGAGCGAGUGCGUUCCGUAAGGACUAUCGGUUAGCGCCCCUCACCAUGUCAUCCUGCCGACGAAGGGCCGACCAAAUCUGUAGGCGGAUAUCCACGGUUUUUCCUUACGCUGCCUAUCUAAAUGUUCCCCAACCAUGCUGAAAAACGUUCAGGCUACCGCUCAUCAGCAAAUUUGUCUCCAGACUAAUCAUGUUCUUCUUAAACUCCCAAGUCGAGGUCCAGUCGACGAGAUCCGGCCACAGAGUCCAGUUCGAUGAGACCGAAAUUCUCGCGAGAGAUGUUAUUCGCGUGAGCCGACAGUGGCUUGACUCAUGGUUCACGGGACCCCAGUCUAUCAACAACUGCAAUGAUAUCCCCACUCCAUGUUAGGUGCUGAGAGAUAGUCUGGCCACAGGAGUUAACCACUCGCAGAGCGCGCAGGCCGGUGAGCCAGGUGGCCGAGCAGUCAUCCGACAUCCAGAGACUGCUCCUACUUAUCAUGUCCUUUGUUUAGUUCUGGCGAAUCACUUAUCGUGGACGUGAUGUGGUGUUAUAUUUGACGGCUAAUAUCUCCAAAGGGCACUUUAAAUACAUCUAAGGAAUGGUUGGAGAUGGUACGUUAUGCGACCUAGCCUACAUAGCUCACGCGGUCUCUGUUUCCUCUUCUUGUUUUCAGGACGACUGGAUCCCUGCUUCAUGCCGAUCAGAUCGGGCAUGUGCAGAGCAAGAAUCCCAAUGUAUGCCUACAAUGCUGAGCUCGGUGUAUGUGAGGAAUUCAUUUAUCGCGGAUGUGGCGGCAAUUUGAAUCGUUUUGAAACCUUGGAGGAUUGUGAGAUGGCAUGUGGCGGCAGGCGUCGUCCUCCGAAGUGGGGUCCAUAUGGACCCGUAGAGGAUUCUGCUAUGUAAUGUCACCUUAAAUAUAAUGCGUGAACCGAAUCAAAAUGUUGUUUUUUCAGAUUAUUUGAUUGGCUGAAGAGGGGCUGACGCGAUUUCUCCGACUGAAAUUCUGCAAGCCACAUUGCAGUGGAGUCCACCGGAUAUUGCUAUGAAAUCGAUAACAACAUGCAGAGGACAUUGCUGUUGGCGUUGGAGUAGAGAUAUUUGGGAAGCACAGUAUCAGCUAUAAGAGAUGGGUGAGAGAGAGAGAGAGAGAGAGAGAGAGAGAGAGAGAGAGAGAGAAAUGCGCUUUCUUUUCAAAGCAAGAAUGCUUCUAUUCAUUCUGACGGGAAUAUAGAUUUAUAUGUGAGACUAGAAUAAAUAGAUUUGCACGGAACCGAAUAUAUAUUGCGGGGACAGUUCAAGUCUCAGUUUUGCUACUUUUCCUUCUUUAUGCAUUAGGUAUCCUGCCGGCUUUGGCGGCAUAUAAUGCUUUUUUGCUCCAAUGUGUGACCCACGUAGAUCUGUAGAGUAUUCUGCUAUUUAAUGUCACCUUAAAUAUAAUGUGUAAACCAAAUCUAAAUGUUGUUUUUGAAAGUAUCGGUUUAGCUGAAGAAGGACUGACGCGAUUUCUCCGACAGAAAUUCUACAAGCUACAUUGCAGUGAAGUCCACCAAAUAUUAAUUGGAAAUCGAUAAUAACAUGCAGAGGACAAUGCUGCUGGCAGUGGAGGAGAGAUAUUUGAGAGGCACGGUAACAGCAAUGCGAGGAAAGAGAGAGAGAGAGAGAAAGACAGAGAACUUCGCUUUCAUUUGAAAGCAUUAAUGGUUCCAUUCAUUUGGACCAUAAUAUAUAUUUACAAAUGAUGCCAGAUUACUUCAAUUUGCAUGAAACUAAAUAUCUAUUACGGGAACAGUUAAAGUCUCAGUUUUACUCUUUCACCUGCCCUGUCAGCAAUGGCGGAAUGUAAUGCUGAUAUGCUGCUGUACAAGAGAUAUGUCGCAAGGCACAGGGCAGAAGUCGAUCAACGAAAUGCUGGACCGCUGUCACAUGUCGCUGCAUUACGGUAUCGACCAUAAAAACAUUCGAAUUACCAGCAGCGGCAGUAGCAGCAGCAGCAGCAGCAGCAGCAGCAGAAGAAAGCAUUUAAAUGAAAAUGACCACCUGGCGCUCGACCCGUAACCCUCGGAAAUUCGGUUAGUGUGCGGGUUUAAGUUUCUCACUGCCGAUAUAUUUUUAUGUUAAUGAAUAUGUUCCUGACAACAUUUGAUUAAUAUGUUUUAACAUCAACAUUGUACGUACUGGUUUCAGUAGGUUCAUCAAUGGUACUACUGCCUAUUACCUUAAUUAUCCUAUUAUAAUUAAUGUAAAUAUCUUUUUAUGCAAAGCAGCAACAAGAACAGAAUGCAGUCAUUUGUAAAUCUCCUGAUUAGCGGUUGAGGUGUGUGAUAGAAAAGUGCAUGGCAAAUGUAAUAAGCGAGUUUAGGAAUUUUCUUGAAAAGGAUUUUGAGGCCAUAGUUACACCAAGGUAUGGGAAGGAGGAAUCAUGAUCAGGCAUGGAUGGGGGUCACAGAAGGCGGUUAACCCCGAGAUGUGCAACACCUGGGGCUCGAUCCCGCGACCUGUCGGUUACAAAUCCAGCACCCCAAAUCCACUGAGUCACAGGCCUGCUUUCCUUUCGGUUGUGAUCGCGUAAUUAUAUUCAUCCUCCCGUGGAUCCAGACGGGACGAGUGAGUUCCAUAAUGCAGUCGGUGAGCGCUCCUCUACUAUUGUAUAUACCCGAUGCAAAACGACGUGAAGACGUGCCCGUGGCUCCGUUGCUACGGAGCGCUGGACUUCUAAUCAACAGGUCGCUGGAUCUACCCCCGGGUGUUCCGGACCUCGGGGCUUGGGUAUGACUGGCUGAGGACCGCUAAUAAGCCAUAAAUGGCCAUUCCAGUCUCCCUUGUCUUUGUCGGUCAUGCUACUCUGCUUCACUGUGAGUCAUCUGUUGCACUGAAACAGCUGUCUUCUACUCAGCUUAAGGCAUCAGGAUUUGCGAUCGAUCUGAGCUAGACAGUGUUUUGUGCGCCGUAGAAUAACUACAGGCUAAUGAGCCUUGCCUCGAUUUUUUCACAUUAAUGAAGAAAAUCCGUAAGAAAUCGUUGACGCAAUCCCUUGAUCAGAAUCACCUCAUUUAUACGAUUUGACAAUGGCAUUUUUUCAAGAUAUUUGGCACCUUCGUGUGGUCACAUCUAGAAUAUGCCAUACAGACCUUGCACGGCCAAGGACCGUAGACUUGACACUUGUCAAGCCCCCCAAUUACCAGCCACACAAACACCCACAUAUUCUACAUACUAUUACACCAGUUGCAAUACGUAAGUAGACGUUAAUGCUCACACUCUUUUCGAUUAGGAGACAGCUUCCUGCUAUGCCCUCGCAAAUACUUAAACAAUCUUUCUUUCGAUGUUCAAUUUAUCGGGGUUCUUUAUUAAACAGUCUGCAAACAAAAGGGAGUUGAACGGCGUUCGUCUAUUUUUACGCUAAUAAGACUGAACAGAACUGAUGGCUUAGAGAAAGCGCCUAAUUUCACUGCGGUCUGCGAAUCCUUGGACUUUUUCUCCGAUCGUUUCGCAUCUCCCACUGCCACCAUAUGCGCAGAGGUCAGAAUCUCGAUUAAGGGAGUGGGGUGGGGUGGGGUGGUCGGUCACACAGCAUCUGAGUCCAACGCCCUGCCCAUUUUCGUCCACGCUCAAUGACCUGCGCCGCCGAAAAUUCAAUGCCGCAUCGAUAUAUUCUAAUUUUCGGACAGAAUUCGGUAUUGGUUUUUAUGACCGGGUAAAUUGUCCAGAAUUUUUGCCUGCAAAGGACGGGGAGGGUGGAAUUGUCAUUUAUGGUUUGAUGAACGUCGACACUAAUCCGCUGCAGUCACCCUACUUGGAGACAAUGUUCUUCUUGCUCGCACAAACUGAAUGUUCCCAAAUUGCAAGCCUCUAUGUGCAUAUGCUUGUUCGUUUGCAGACAGGAGCAUACAUACGUCACAUGCUGGUUGAGAAAUUUUAGUAUCCACCAUGGUGCAGAGUGGGGGGUGAGGUUGUGUACUGCGGUACUCACGGCAUAAUGCCUCACCCCAACCGGCCACACGUUAGAUACGCUGGACCAUCACGGGGACCAUAUCGGAAUGUGGCAGGAGUUAUCGGUAUGCGCACCAUAACAAAUGCCAACACCUCGGGGUUGCGGUGGCAGACGCAGCUGAUGGCAGAGAUCGGGCACAUUGAAAGGCCUGUCGCUUUCCCCCCACUCCCUCAUUCGGAUUGUUGGUUAAAAGCCUGGUCAUUUGCUGUGUGGACCAGGGGAUGUGAAGUGGAUCGUCAAGGUGCCGGUUUGAGCUUGUCAUCUACUUGCGUCCUCCCCGCCUCCGGUCUUGUCUUGACACCGCGUCAGUGUGAGGGAGGAGGGGAGAGUGCGGUAGAUGCCGGGCAAGUCCACUACCACCAUAGACUAACUCACGCACAAGUCACCGUGCCUGCUUCACCUUGCUAUGGAACACACGAUGGACGUUGUCCGAUUCGACAUACGAACUGGCGGCGGAUAAGUGUUGCAGGUACGGUCGAGUUAGUCAUACCCUAAGCCCAACUAGUGGAUCACCCGUGGACAGAAGGUCCAGUCGGGGAGGUCUUUCAGUGUUUGGGUCGAACGCUCUUAUGAUUUGUAUUCAUGGUUAGGUAGCUGCAUACCGAGUACUUUAAGUCAAGGGAGUAUGCACCCCACCGUCCUAUCCUGCUUUCGGGACAAAAUUCGGAUUCAGAUCCUUAUGACAGGAUUGUGUUCCCCAUGACAUAUUCACCGAGUGCAAAGCUCUUGCAAACUGUCCAACCGCUACAGUUGAGAAAUAAGCAAAAACAGUAGAAUUUAAUGAUACCAGAAAAUUUCGCAACGGCUCCCCUACUGCAGCCUGUCGUUGCAUAACAAAAUAACAAGUGGGAAAGGUACAGAGGUUUGGAUUUCGACAGGGAAAAUCAAUGUAAAACAGCAAGGUCAACGUAUGCUGCGCGAGGACCAAUCCCUUGGCAUGUUUACUUCUCCAUUUUCAGUCCUAUGUUGCAUUUUGAAUUAUCAUUUUAAGAGGGUGCGUGAACAUAUGCCCGCCUGGCUAGACAGAUGUGAGACACGGUCGAUUUCGAGUUCUAUUCUCGCGCAUUUAAUCGAUACGAACCACCGAGUCGAUGCCAAGAAAGCAUUUCAGGUUGUUUACCGGACACCAACAUGCUUCUCUUAAGGCCUACGCCAACGGAUACUAGCAACGGCCGAGGCAGUAGCGAUACGGUUAGUGAAUCCGGUGUUAUGCUGUCAGAAAACUCUGACACAAGCGCUUUCGCUGCCGUGGCCAACGCCAACCCCAAGUGAUGAAGCCAUGCCGCCUCAAAUCCCUAAUCACGAUGAUGGGUACUCCGUGUACUCAACCCAAGAUCAUUACUCGAAGACUCUCUUACCCCCCCUCCCCUAGCUCUGACGACUAACACCCGCCGACCUUCUCAUGCGGGCGGCGUGGGGAUGAUGAGUGUUUGUGACUUAAUAGCCCUUGAGGCAUCUAUAAACACUGUUGAUUUUGUACAUUUUCUUUCGAUCAUGUAAUUUUAUUGGCCUGAGGAAGAAUUACCGAAAACGUGCGUUCGCCAACUUGACUUUUCAAUUAUCAUUUUAUUGAUUAGUCUACUAGCAGUAUACGUUGACCUUGCAGAACUUCCAGACCUUGUAAACAUAAACCGUUACUAAAAUCUGUUCAGUAGCACCGGAUGGAAACUGCGAGAUAAAAGCGAUCAUUAAGACCACCUGUGUUUUAUCGGCGUGAUCAGCCAAAAUUUGAUAGCCAGACUGUUGAAACCCAAGUACGCAUCGAAAUCGAGAAUGGUUCCACUUAUCUAUCGGAGUUAACUCCUAAAGUACAGUCAGUGAAUGAUAUGAUGAAAUGUUGGCCGAAAUUGUGAAGUACGUAUUCAUUUAAGAAGGACAACUUAAUUUACAUCGUAAUAUUUAUUAUCUUGCGGCAUAAUGCAGGGAUAUUUCAGACACGCCAGGCUGUCGGCUUCUUCUCGCCCGCCUGCAAUGACUGCAGUUUUUAAAAAAGGACUACUCAUAUAGGACACAUAUUUUCUCUCGAUUUUCCAUGGAUUUAUGAAUUGUGAAUUAUCUUAUAGAAAAAAAUGCAUGCUAUAAACCCUAAACGCAUCGACAGGUUGAGAUCAAGAUCAUUCUAGGAUUCAAAAACGUUUUUAAAACUGUAAGAUAUCACUUCUUAGACUAUAAAAUUUGAAGAAGACAUGAGUUGCUUCCAAGUGAGUACAAAAAAGAUAUUUUUGCGUGUUUUGGCGAAAUAUUUCUGUAUGAAUUAUGGCAUAAAAAUCGACACAGAAAAUGCAUACUACUUAGGUAUUCAUUUUGCCGGGUACGGUGGUUUUGGAUGGCCGAAAGGAACUGGGCCUAAAAGCCAACAUCCUUCCGUGCCUUGAAUAUGAAUGCAUUGGUUCGUAACUUGGUUAAUAUUGCAAAUACAUUUAAGUGGUCCCUUCUAACCGAAUACUCAUUUCACAAUUUCGGACAAUAUUUCAUGAGAUCCACCGCUGACUGCAGCUUAUUCUCUCAUUGCACAGAACUGGCAAACGGUCUAAUGGCAACCGCCGAGCAAGAAUCAAAAUGUGUUAUUCAAACGAGAUGCAAGAGGCCGCCAUAAGAAUUUCCGCUCUAACACAGCCGUGUUCCUGCGUCAACCUAAGUCGUAAUGUUAUUACCGACCACUAAUACACGACAAAUUCUAAGCUACCACAGUAAUCACACCUUACGCCACAAACGCAGUUGUGUGCGAACACGCUACAGAAGGGCAGAAACAUAUUGCACCAAGCCGGACGACAGAACUACGCUACCUCCAGCAUCAUCAUUCAACCUCGCUACCUCAACAUCAUUCUUUUGAGAUGUUUUAUAUUUUGAGGUACGGUAUGUGGCCCUAUAUGUAAACCAUUGACAGCCUACCAUCGUUUCUUAUGUGAUAUAAUGCAUCAAUGCAGACCAGUUCAUUUUCAUUUAAUUCCUCCAUAAUAGUGAAUACUAGUUUCUACUAAAUGCAUUGGGUAGCACCAAUUACAUACUGAGAGGAAGAGAACGACAAAUAUGGCCUCUUCCGAUUCACAAAGCGUGGUCAGCCAGUGACACCCAAUGCCAAAUUUUGAUAGUCAGAUAAGUGAAUGGCUACGGCGGCGAUUUCGAUUUCUUCUCGCCCGCCUGCAAUGACUGCAGUUUUUACAAAAGAACUACUCAUAUAGUGCACAUAUUUUCUCUCGAUUUUCCAUGCAUUUAUGAAUUGUGAAUUAUCUUAUAGAAAACAUGCAUGACAAAAAUCUUUUUUGUACUAAUUUGGUAGCCAAUUACGUUUUCUUCAAAUUUUGCACUAAAAGGAUGUGUAUCUUUCUGUUGCAAAAGAAUUUCUAUUUAGGGGAUUUUAAAGGCUGUGCAAAGUCCAUUCAAAUCUCAACUUAUCUGUGUUCUAUAAUGCUCCUAAUGAGGUAUACAACAUUUUUUGCAAAUUUGUAUGAGACCUAUAUGACAUCUACUCGAUAGAAUGGAGGAAUGAUUAUUUUGCAUUACGUGGGAAGUAUGAAGUUAGUAGAUUUGAAACCCCAAACUCAAAUGCAACGGCAAAUCGAGCUCAAGAUCAUUCUGGAAUUCAGAAAGUUUUUAGGAUUAAAAAAUACCCCCUUUUGAUAGUCAGACGCCUGAACCCUAAGCACACCACGUAAGCUGAGAUUUUUCCCACUGAUUUAUCCUGGUUCCAGGGCACAAAUUGGAGCUAGCUCCUUAAACAGAACUACUCAGGUGAGGUUGUAAAAUUUAUUAUCUUGCUGCCUGUCUGUUGGCUUUCGCCCGCCUGCAAUGACUGCAGCCGGCACAAAAUGGCUACUUGUAUAGUGCACCCUUUGCAGUCCGCAUUGUGAAAGUUUUCCGCGAACAAAUACAGUGCGUGACCUAUCUCAUGAAAUGUUAGCUGAAAUUCUGAAAUGCGUUUUCGAUUAGGAAGGAUUACUUGGUCGCGGUUGUGAUACUGAUUAUUUUAAGGCAUACUCUUAUAACAUUUCAGACUCGGCAGGAUGUCGGCUUUUAAAUGCACUUCUCUUCAAUCUGCUGUGAAAGCUAGCUCGGUAAAAAAUGACUACUUAAGUAGCAUGCAUUUUUCCCAUUGAUUUUCGAUGGUCUUGGAAAUUCAAAUAUAUUUUAUAGAAACCACAAACGAAAAUAUGCUUUCUUUUAGUCAAUCGAUAGAAAAUCACGUCUUUUUUAUAUUUUAUGCAUAAGGAGGGAGUAUAAUUAGGUUUUAGAAAAAGUUUUCUGAUUGCCGAAAAUUUUGGAGCCUGAUCAUUCGUUGCAUUUGCGCUUAGUGAUUACACUCUACAUGGUACAUGUGUUCCACGUAAAGAAAAUCCCGUCUUUUUCUAUGUCAUUAAAGAGAUAUCAUACAGGGUCCAUAAAAUAUGCUCUCUUUUAGUCAAUCAAUAGAGAAUCAUGUCUUCUUUAUAUUUUUUACUUAAGGAAGGAGUAUAAUUAGGUUUUAAAAAAGUUUCUAAUUAUGAGACUUUUUAAGACCGCCAUAUGUCCAUUCACAUAGCAUCGUACCUGGCCGUUUACCACUGCUCCUCAUGAAAUGUACAACAUGGUCCGCAUCCAUUGCAAAAUUUUAUGGACCCUGUAUGAUAUCUCUUUAAUGACAUAGAAAAAUAUAGGAUUUUCUUUACGCGGAACGCAUGCACCUUGUAGAGUUAAUCACUAAGCGCUAAUGCAGCGAAUGAUCAGGCUCCAAAUUAGUCGGCAAUUAGGAAACUUUUUUGAAACCUAAUUAUACUCCUUCCUUAUGCAUAAAAUAUAAAAAAACGUGAUUCUCUAUUGAUUGACUGAAAGAAAGCAUAUUUGUGUUUGUGGUUUCUAUAAAAUAUAUUUGAAUUUCCAAGACCAUCGAAAAUCAAUGGGAAAAAUGCAUGCUACUUAAAUAGUCAUUUUUUACCGAGCAAGCUCUCUACAGGAGAUUGAAGAGAAGUGCAUUUAAAAGACGACAUCCUGCCGAGUCUGAAAUGUUAUAAGAGUAUGCCUUAAAAUAAUCAGUAUCACAACCGCGACCAAGUAAUCCUUCCUAAUCGAAAACGCAUUUCAGAAUUUCAGCCAGCAUUUCAUGAGAUAGGUCACGCACUGUAUGUUACUGACAAAAUUUAGUAAGAUGUACAUCUAACAUUUAUAUUUUAUGUACCGUUUUCAAUAGGGUCAUCAAGGGCAUUGCCUAUUACCCUAAAAUACACUAUACACAAAUAUUUUCUAUAGAUUUUCCAUAGAUUUACGAACUAAGUAAUACUGUAUAAGAGGCAUAUAUAACACUAUUCUUUAUGUAUUCCUUUUGUGGUAAAGUACGCUUUCUUCAAAUUUUUCACUCGAAGGAGGGUAAUCUUUCGAUUUUAAAGGAAUUUUGAAUUGUGAGAUUUUCACGGCCGUGUAAUAUCCAUUCAAAUAGCAUUGUAUCUAUCUCUUCAAUAGUGCUCCUCGUGCAGUAUGCAACAUAGUCCACAUAUGGCGAAAAAUUUUAUGACCCCUAUUUGACAUUUGCCUAGUGGAGUAGAGGAAUGAAUGUUUUUAAUUACGUGGAAAGUAUGAAGUUAGUGGGCUGGAAACCCUAAACGCAAAUGCAAUGGCAGAUCGACCUCAAAAUUGUUCUGAAAUUUAAAAAUGUUUUUAUAAAUGAAUAGUGCCCCUUAUUAGAAUAUAAAAUUUGAACAAGACAUGAGUUGCUAUUAAAAAAGAACAAGAAUGGAUAUUUUGUUCCUGUGUUUUGCAAAAUAUUUCUGAAUAUAUAAGGACAUCUAAAAUCAGCAAAUAUAUUGCAUGUCGAGUGCGGUUUUUUAAAUGGCUGAAAAGGACUGCGCCCAAAAAGCCAACAUACUGCCGUGCCUGGAAUAUGACUGCACAAUUAAUAUUGGAAAUAUGUCUACGCGAUCCAUUCUAAUCGAAUGCACACUUCAUCCUUUCGGUCAAUAUUUCAUGAGAUCGAUCAUUGACUGUAGCUUGUUCUCCAAAUGCUGAGUCCUUGCAAACGGUCUAAUGCCAAGAUCUCAGCAAAAAUCAAAAUAUGUUAUCCAAACAGGAUGCGAGAGACUAGGAUGACAGUUUCCAUCUAAUGAGACGUCAUCGGUCAGGAAUACAGUAAGUCCAGGCAAUGCAGUUGAGAGGUCGUUAUCUUUUGAGGGACGACAUGUGACCCUGUAUAUAAUUCAAUGGAGCCUGUCUUCUUACCUUUGGGUGAAAUAUGCAUUUGUACAGACGGGUGCAUUUUCCCUUAAUUCUUCCAUCACUAGUGAACAUUAGCUGUUACUAAAUGCAUUCGAUUACAUUAAUUACAUGCUGAUAAGGAGAGAAAAAUAUCGGCACUUAUGGCCGCUUCUGAUUUAUCAGGCGUGGUCAGCUAGUGAUACCCAGCGUCAGGAUUUAUUUGCCAAGAGCUGAAGCCAGAUCACGUAAUUGACAAUCGCAAAAAUUUUUUAUAUAUGCGGGGUUAUUCGACGAUCUCUCCCUAUUGUCCGUCAGCCUCCUCCCGUUGUGUCUUUGAGUUUAAUCUAAAAUACUAGCAUGCGAAAGUGGAAGCAGUCCGGCAAAAUUACUGCCGACAAUGGAAACUGGGAUAGACAUUACUGGCAUGUUAAUCGUUGACAUGCAACCGUGCCCCUACCCCAGAUUUCGAGACCUCAGCGCCCGAACCCAGAACUCUGUGCUCAUUUAGCGUGCAAUUGAGCUUACGGGCUCAUUGUUCUGCUUUUUUAACGGAUCCAGAUUACAACAUGACAUGCCGGACCGGACUCGCCAGGAUGUCGGAUUUUGAAUGCAUUCCUUUUUAACCUCCUACAGAAACCGCACUUGGCAAGGAAUGACUACUUAAUUAACGUGAAUUUUUUAGCAUUGAGUUUUGGCGGUCUCGUAAAUUAAUAUAUAUGAGAAUGGAAGAGGUUCUUCGGAAAAAAUAGAGUUGUACUAAUGAAUUUUCGAAUUCGUGACACCACUCCGUCGUCAGACGAAAUGAAGAUAAAAGAGAGAGUAAGACAGUCACACUAGACUAGUAGACGCGACAGGACAAACAUUGACGGGCGGACCAUUAAUGUGUGACGAGGGAUGCGGGCAGGGAGUCAUGUUGGUUCUGAUCCGGGAGGGCUGGAAGGGGGGGGAACAGUUACGGCUCCCCGUGUUGGAGGGGAGGGAGACUGGUAGGUUGGCAGAACUGCGGGCGCCUGGGUUAGCGGCUGAUGAUGCGGCGUGGGGCUCGGCUUAGUGAGGCGUGAACUCAGGCCCUCAUAAUAGGCGUCUAGGUCAACGUGGCGGUUGAUGCUGUUCGCGUUAGUUCCAUGCCUCUAGGAAUUCUCUCGCCCGUUCUGUGUUGGUCGUGGCAAUGACCUCGGUAUUAUCCGAUUGGGUAGCCUUACUGACAAAGAAAAAAAGAGUGGAAUGGCCACUUAUAGCUUGUUAACCGUUAUCAGCCAAACAUACCCAACUCCGAGGUUUGCUACUCCCGAGACUCGAUCAUCCGGUCUGUUGGUUAAGGUCCAACACUCUAACCACUGAGCCACCGGCUUAUUAUCCUGCCGUUUGAGAUGGUGUAUACUAGCAAUGAUAGAUGGACGCCCCCCUGAUUGCUUUACGGGACUCCCUGGUUCCGUUGUGCUUUGCGGAUCAAUAUACUUACUUUGUACUUGAUACGGCUGCGAUCAUGCCUGAUCUAGACGGCCUCGAUGAUGUCCCGAAUUGUACCUCUCCACGCGUGACGAUCCGCGGCAGCAGAUCUGGACAGUUCAACCCAUUCGCUUCGCCAACGACGGAGACCGAAUACCGAAGGUCCAAUAACCACCUCCAUGUCUUGACGAACUGUGUCGAGCCAGGUUUUGAACUGACCCCCUCUUCGACGCCUCCAAUGGGGCAACGGUGCCGGAUCGAGGGCAGUAACACUGAGCUCCUGAGGUGGACGACGAAGAACAUGCCCGAACCACCUCAGUCGUCUUUCUUGGAUGGCCUGAGUUAUCCUCGCGAUGUUGUCGCAGCGAGCGCGGACUAUCUCAUUUGAGACGAAGUCGGUUAACUUCACUCGAAGGAUGAUCCUCAAGCAGUGGUGGUCAAAUACCUCCAGUUUUCGCUCAUCUGCCAGGCGCAAAGCCCAGCAUUCGCAACCGUAGAGAAGGACAGACCGAACAGAUGAACGGUACACGCUAACCUUAGUGGCGAUGGAGAGGUCACGUCGGUUCCACAGGCAUUUCCGAAGGCCUGAAACCUCAUGCAAAGUACUUGCGGCUCAAUAUCGAGUCUCGCCGACAGCUGCUUAGCGGCCAGUAUUACAAUCAGAAUGGCAUUACCGACAAAGGCAUUUUUGCCUUAUUAGCUGCCAUCAGCCAAUCAUACCCAAUCCCGAGUUUCACAACCCCUGGGGCUCGAUCCCCAACAUUCUCGCUGGAUUGCAGAUCAGUGGAUACCAUCGUGACACAACUUAGACUGGAUCCUGUAGGUGGUCGUUCCGUGCAGCAGCUAUUGGGACGUCAAGUUCAAGCAUCAAAUAUGGCCCGUCCACAACCUUAAUUGGGCCGGGAGCGACUCUUUCUGUCCUAUGGCGUUUGUCCGUCAUGGUUCUUGACAGAGAAAUGCAGCCGAUUGUACUUUUGCAAACCGAGUGAGCCACGGUUCUCGACAGUUAAAGGGGAUUUUGUCCAGCCGGCUCUGAGCUCCCUCAGUUGGGUGAGUGCGAACUCAGUCAAUUUUGGCAUAAUUUACUGCACCGUAAAAGUCAUCCCCGAGGAGGGACGGUUCCGUUCUCGAAAAUUUCCCACACGUGCGUCAGCAUAUUCUGGCAAGACGAUCAGCGGCUAACAAUUAUGCUGUCCGACGUAGCGCAUCGACUACGCCCCCCCUCCCCUGUCCUCAAAUUACUUCCUGCACUGUAGCUAAUGGCAAAUUGUCGUCUCAGAGACUUAGUAAAAAUGUCUAUAAAUAUAUGUCCAUAAACGGAUAGCGCAGACAUCACUUCUACGCGAUGAUUGCUCUUCUAUUCGCCGCCUGCCUUCUCUCCGUGGUAACAGUUGAGGGUGAGUUGUGCACUUAAUUUUCUUGAGCGACUCCCCAACAUCACCUAGUGCAGCCUUAAAUUCAUAAAUUCGGUCAGGAGUUUACGGUUAUUUAACCUCAUAGAUGGUCUGCAUGACGUUAUGCCAGACAUGCUUAUGCGUACCCGUAUGAGACGCCGCAAUGUCCCCUAGAAACUGUUAAAGUAGUGGAGUAGCCUUCAGCCCUAACCCGCCUCACGCACGUAACGUCUUAAUCCCCCUCUUGUCCAAAAUCCCUCAAUUGCACUGGUCUAGACAUUCAGAAAAGUCGAAAGCGAAUGAUGUUAGUCGAUUUUGGAGGUAAAAGGUAUUCGUGAGUGCUACUCACUGGACCGUCGUCAUUCUAUUGGCCAGCGGUGACGAGCAUUCUACUGUGAACGCAACUCAGCAUUUGCGUUGCGUCUCAUUGCCAGUUCACACUGAUGGCACAUAAGGCGGCAGCAUAACUGAGGGGCAGCCAUUAUGUAACCCUGUUUGUUUUGGGACAAAACCCUUAAAGGCCUUAACUUCCUCCUCUCCCUCUCAUCACAUUACGUCCAACAUCGCCAAGCGUCUCCAGCUGAGACGCCCCAACAACGCACUUGUACUCGCCGGCCAGCCUGUUAUUCCGCCCUAUCUUCCACUCAGGAACUAGUGCACAAAUGCUGAAUGGUGAUCUGAGUUUAGCCCUAACCCACCUCACGCAUUCUUUCUCCUCUUCAGGAUGGGUGCACCCCUGCUACAUGCCUGCUACAUGACCGGCAGGUGCCGAGCGCGGAUGCCAAUGUAUGCCUUCAAUCCUCAGUUGGGCGCCUGUGUGGAAUUCGUGUAUGGCGGCUGCGGUGGCAAUUAUAAUCGCUUCGAAGCCCAGGAGGAGUGUGAGGCGAUCUGUGGUGGAUUCCGUCGUCGAAUGUAG